UCUGACAAUAUGGAAGAUGAAGCUGAUAUAUACGAAGGAGUGAGAGCUCAAUUCCCUUUGAGUUUCGGUAAGCAAUCCAAAUCUCAAACCCCUCUCGAACUCAUCCACAACACCACGCGUCGGGCCUCAUCCACCUCCGCCAAUGAUACACCGUCUGCUUCCAACAAAAUUGAUGCCUUCCCCUCGCUGUCCACCUCCUCUCAGGACUGGAUAAACUCUUUCAGAAACUCAAACCCUAGAAAUUCAAAUAGGGUGGCUGCAUUGAUUGGACCUCCAAAGCCUCCUGCGGUUUUGGAUGAGGAAGAUGAGGACGAGGACUCUCGAAUUGGGCCACCUAGGCCGCCUCCAGGCGCUACAGAUUCUGACGAAGAUGAAGAUGAAGAUGCUGAUGAAGAAGAUGAAGAUCCUGGUUAUCGAGUUCCAUUGAGCAAUGAAAUUGUCUUGAAGGGGCAUACAAAGGUCAUGUUAGCACUCGCAGUGGAUCACACGGGAUCUCGAGUUCUGUCUGGCAGCUACGACUAUACUGUUCGCAUGUAUGAUUUUCAAGGCAUGAAUUCCCAUCUUCAGUCAUUUAGACAGCUUGAACCAUUUGAAGGUCAUCAAAUUCGUGGGUUGAGCUGGAGUCCUACAGCAGAUCGAUUUAUGUGUGUCACUGGAUCGGCCCAGGCUAAGAUCUAUGACCGUGAUGGAGUUACAUUGGGUGAGUUUGUCAAGGGAGACAUGUAUAUUCGUGAUCUUAAGAAUACUAAAGGCCACAUAUCUGGGUUGACAUGUGGAGAAUGGCACCCUAAGGACAAGCAGACUAUCCUAACAUCAUCUGAGGAUGGUUCACUGCGAAUAUGGGAUGUAAAUGACUUCAAAAGUCAAAAGCAGGUUAACAAGCCCAAGCUUUCUAGGCCUGGACGUAUUCCUGUAACAACAUGUGCCUGGGAUCGUGAAGGCAAAAGAAUUGCAGGUGGUAUUGGUGAUGGUUCCUUGCAGAUAUGGAACAUAAAAUCUGGAUGGGUAAGCAGGCCAGACAUACAUGUUGGAGAUUGCCACACAGAUGAUAUUACAUCCCUCAAGUUUUCAGAUGGAUUAAUACUCUUGUCAAGAAGCUUUGAUGGUACACUCAAGGUAUGGGAUUUACGACAAAUGAAGAAGGCUCUUCAUGUAUUUGAUGAUCUUCCGAACAAUUAUGCUCAGACGAAUGUUACAUUCAGCCCCGACGAAGAACUCUUCCUGACAGGAACAUCGGUUGAAAAGAAUAACACAACUGGGGGUCUGCUAUGUUUUUACGACAGAGCAAAAAUGGAACUGGUUUCAAGAGUCGGAAUAUCUCCAACAUAUAGUGUCGUUCAGUGUGCAUGGCAUCCAAGGAUAAACCAGAUCUUUGCAACAGUAGGGGACAGGCACGAAGGAGGAACUCAUAUACUAUAUGAUCCAACCAUCAGCGAGAGGGGUGCACUUGUAUGCGUUGCACGUGCACCACGGAAGAAGUCUCUGGAUGAUUUUCAGGCACAGCCUGUAAUUCACAAUCCGCAUGCUCUGCCACUAUUCAGAGAUCAGCCGAGCCGACAACGUCAGCGCGAGAAGACACUGAAGGACCCACUCAAGGCCCACAAACCGGAGCUACCCAUGACGGGGCCAGGCCAUGGCGGAAGAGUUGGUUCAACAACGGGAAGUCUGCUAACGCAGUACCUUCUUAAGCAAGGGGGUAUGAUUAAGGAAACAUGGAUGGAUGAAGAUCCCAGAGAAGCAAUCCUCAAAUAUGCCGACGUUGCUGUCAAAGAUCCUAAAUAUAUCGCCCCGGCAUACGCGCAGACGCAGCCUGCAACAGUCUUUGCCAAGUCGGAUUCAGAGGAUGACGAGAAAUAACUUGUAAUGAUGGCUAUUACUGGUGAUGUUCUAUUGUAGAUGUUAUCACCCA